CUCUUACCAUUCUAAACGAUCUCCGCAUUAGCAAACAGCAUGACCUGCUUGUGGGUCCCAAUGACAGACAGAUGGGUUUAAAAUGCUGAAAAUGAGCUGUUCUUCACGACCAUUUCUUUAACCGACUACAAAUUAAAGAAGGUCAAGGACUUCUGUGAAGAUGCCAGCAGGUGUGUCUUGGCCUCGCUACCUGAGGAUGUUCGGUGCCAGUGUACUGGCCAUGUUUGCAGGAGCACAGGCCGUCCACCAGUAUUACCUGCCUGAUUUGACUAUUCCAGAGGUACCGCCAAAACCAGGAGAGCUUCGGACAGAACUGCGGGGCUACAAAGCCAGAGAAGAAGCUACCGCGAUGUUAGAACAGCUUAAAGCAGAAGAAAAAGUGGACUGAUGUGGACUUAUUCGCCCUCAUGGUGAUGGACACUUGGAUGGACUAUAUCCAGAAUUUGCUAACACAAAGACGCUGCCACGUGUCUGAGAGUAAAGACAUACCUGGGACAUCUGCAAAAAAUGUAUUCAAGUGUUGAGUGAUUUCUUCUCAUCAAACAAAAGGCGUGGAAUGAAUAGCUGAAUCUUUGGCGUCUUGAUGCUUUGGAUUACGCCUGGAACCAGAUCUGGAACAUCUUCCUCCUUUUUUAAGUCUUUGCAGUUUUUAAACCAAGUGAUAAAAUAUGUAGAAGACUUAAAGUAAGCCUUAACAGCACAUGGUAACUGCUGAUGUCAUUCAGUAACUGUAUUUCAGUAAAAAGUGUACCGGUUGAUCAUUUUUCCCCUCACAGAAUAUAUUAUUUGGCAUCAAAGUUUUAAGAAAAAAUUGUGUUUAGUUUCCAGGUCGCUCUCUAAAGAUUAUAUAUGUUUUUCUUUAAUGUAUAAUAAUUAAAUACAACUUCAAACCAC